AGUGCUUCAAGAUACCUUGGCUCGUAUGUUAGGAAUCCUAGAGGGGAUGGCCCAGGCAGGAGCUUUGCCUGUCACUUCUGAUGGCUCACAGACCCGUGUUGGAGGUCAAACUCCAGAUCCGAUAGUUGCUCCAGAUUCUCAGACUCCCAGGACUCAGCCAGCUGCCGCUGUAGCUCCUCGUUUGGAUAGUAUGGAGUUUCCAGAUAUGACAUCACAUUUGGUGAACAGGCCUUCUAUGACUAUUGAUGAGCAAAAGAUGUUUGGGAGGUUCAGACUAAUGAAUCCUCCUACUUAUACUGGUGACUUAGCUGAGGAUGCAUAUGAGUUUAUAGUUAGUUGUCAUGAGAGGUUGCAUAAUCUUGGAUUAGUGGAGUCUCAUGGAGUUGACUACACAGCGUUUCAGAUGACUGGCUCUGCUAAGCAGUGGUGGAGGGAUUAUAUUAGUAGUAGGCCAGCUGGAUCUCAUCCACUAUCCUGGACUGAGUUUACUCAGGUAUUUCUAUCCAAAUUUGUUCCACGCAGUGAGAGGGAGCGCAAGAGGGCCGAGUUUGAGGGUUUGCAGCAAAAUGGUAUGUCAGUUGCAGAGUAUGAGGGUAAAUUUCAUGCCUUGGCUAGGCAUGCUUCGAUGAUACUUCCCACAGAGGCUGAGAGAGUGAGGAGGUUUGUUAAGGGGCUGAUUAUUCCAAUUCGUCUAGGAGUUUCUCAGGUUGCUGCUUCUGGUGUUCCAUUCCAGAAAGUGGUAGAUGCUGCUAAGGAGUUGGAGAUGAUUCGACGUGAGGGAUUUGAGCAGCGAGAGGGCAAGAGGACUCGUUAUUCAGGUGAUUAUGGUGGUGCUCCGCCUAGGAGUCGGGGUUACUUGGGCAGAGGUUAUCACCCUCAGUCCAGCAGACCCAUUCAUGCUGCUAUACCAGCGUCUGAGGCUGGUUACGCUGGGCAUAACUCUUCGAGCUCGGUACAUACUUCGCAGGGUUCAUCUUCUAGACCUGUAGUUCGUGGAGGGCAUUCUGGUCAUUCAGGUUCCUCUCAUCAGCCUGCGUCUCGUAGGGGUUGCUUUGAGUGUGGUGAUAUGGGACACUUUGUGAGAGACUGCCCUAGGACCAGACGUGGUGGCUUACAUCAGGGUUCUCAGGCUUCGACUUCCAGGGCUGCACAACCUCCAGCUAGGGGUGGUGCACAGAAUGGUAGAGGUGGUUCUCAUUCAGGUAGAGGUGGUUCUCCUUCUGGUCGAGGUGGUGGUCGUGGAGGUUCACAAUCUGAUGGAGGUCGUUCUCACUGUUAUGCUUUUCCAGGUAGGCCAGAGGCUGAAGCCUCAGAUGCUGUUAUCACAGGUAUUAUUCCGGUUUGUCAUCGACCAGCUACUGUAUUAUUUGAUCCAGGCUCUACUUAUUCUUAUGUGUCCACAUAUUUUGCUCCUAGUCUGGAUAUAUUGUGUGAGUCUCUUGAUUUGUCGAUACGUAUUUCUACUCCUGUCGGGGAUUCUGUAGUUGUAGAUCAGGUGUAUCGUUUAUGUACUGUUACUUUGAUGGGGUAUGACACUCAUGCAGAUUUAAAGACCAUCACUUUAGCUAUGCCUGGAAUUCCUAUAGUAGAAUGGAGAAGUACUCUUAGUCAUCCUUCUAAGGGUGUGAUAUCAUUCCUUAAGGCUCGUCAGUUGGUACAGAGAGGAUGUUUGGCGUACUUGGCCCACAUUCGAGAUACUAGUAUGGAGACUCCUAUGCUUGAGUCUAUUCCAUUAGUGAGUGGAUUUUCAGAAGUAUUUCCGACCGAUUUGCCAGGCCUUCCACGAGAUCGUGAUAUUGAUUUUUGUAUUGAUGUGGAGCCAGACACUCGGCCUAUUUCCAUUCCUCCUUAUCGUUAUUAUCGACGGUUGGUGAGGGUUUCUCAUCCAUUGCAUCUCCAUUAA